UAAUUGACGAUUUUUUCCUUUCCCAUCAAUUUAAUAUAUCUGCCGUCAAAAUUGUGUCUAAACAGCGCCUCAGAAAAUACUACAUUAUGACGUUGCUAGGACUUGCAGCGCGUAAAUUGGCGCAGAAACAACGGGCAUCGAAGCUGGCGGCAGCAUUCCCCAAUGGGAUACGUUGUCAGAAAUGCCUGCAGAUGGGUCAUUGGAGCUAUGAGUGCAAGGAGAAACGAAAGUAUGUUCAUCGGAGCUCGCGCACCAAGCAGCUGGACAAGCAUCUGGCGGAGAAAACGGCAGCAGCAGCUGAGAUGGCGGCGACCACCAGCAAUGAAACAAACGCGUUGGAAACAGAAGGGCGGAGUGGAAGGAGUAAGCGGGCCCACCGAAAACGCAGGCACAGUGAAAGCUCUACGUCAUCUAGCUCAUCGAGCAGCUCAAAUUCAGGCAGUUCGGACUCCUCGGAUUCGAAUAGCAGCGAUUCUAGCUCCGAUGACGACGACGAUGACAGCCAAUCAUCAUCAAGCUCCUCAGGUGGCAGCGGCAGUGGCAGCUCUAGCUCCAGCAGCGACAGCGAUAGCAGUGAUGACGAACCCAGAAAGAAAAAGCGUCACAGCAGCACGGCUUCUUCCGAUGGCAGUACACAAGAUUUAUGAAGAAUUUUGUCAACAAAAGUAGAACUCUUAGUGCAUACACAUAAUUAGCUUUAGUAGUUUAGUUCAUGUCUGCUUCGGAUUACAAAUAUCUUACAGUUUGUAUAUGUGUUAACCUACACCUUUAACUUUUCAUGAAAUUAUAUUAAAAAAUAAUUGCUAAUCCGAUUCGUCCUCGAA